AGCGCGGCGCGGUGCCGGCGAGCGGUGCCGGCGGGACGCGGCCAGCCCAGCCCGGGGAUGCGGCGCUGAGAGCCGCUCCGUGCCGCCGAUGGACGCCUCGCUCCGCCAGGUGGGGGCUCCGGGCGGGCAGGGGCAGGGCGGCGGCGGCGGCGGCGGGGCCGGCGCUCUGCGGGGAGAGCCGCGGGAGGAGGAUGCUGCGCUGACCGUAUCGAGGGAGCCCAAGUUUCACUUUUUCUCUGGCUCUCGGGUUCGGUCGCCGAGCGCCGCCCGGGCCCGGUGUGCCGGGGGCGGGCUGCGCGGAGAGAGCCGGAGCCCACGCGAUGCGCGGUUCCGGCCGUUCGUGCCGAGGGCUCCUCGCAGGAGCGGGGAGAGGAUUUGUCGCAUGAUAGUCAUGGCUGCCCAGAUACGCUCGCGUGCUGCUUUAAUCCCCUGGAGCGACCGAAGGGUCCGGAGCCUGCCGCUGCCUGCGUGUGCGUGUCACGGCUCGGCUGCCGCACGUGGCGCGGGGCCAGAGCCCGCUGAGGGAUCGGGAAGGCGUGAGGUGAUGGGAGGGGAGGGAGCGUCCGCCUCCAUCCUCGGCCUCGCCGUGCCGCUGCCCGCUCACCGUCCUACGGCUGCUCUGCGGCCGCGCCGGUACCCGGCAGCGCCGGGCUGCGCUCCCGUGCGUGGGGCAUCGCGCCUUCUGCCCUAACGCACGUGGCGGGCGCCGUGCGUGCCCCAGGCCUCCCCGAAUCUUCCCUGCCUCUCUCCUCGCCACGUUUCCAGCCCAGGAUGGAGCUGCUUUUGGUCGCGGCAGCGCGCAGCCCGUGCCGGUCCCGUGGCUCCGUGGGGCGAUGGAACCGUCCUGGGCUCUGCGGCUGGACCUCGCGUUUGAGUCCGGGGCCGUCAGACACCCCCCUCCGGCCCCCGUCGGUUGGCAAGCCGUUAAACCCAGCGUCUGCCCCCCUCCACCCGCCCGCCUUCCUCCGGGUGCACGGGGAACGGGCAGCCCCUGGGGAGCAGCUAAUGGACUGGGGCCGCCCCAUCCCCCAGGAAGCAGUGCCCUUAUCGGAGCAGCUGUUUUCCCAGAUCGGGGAGGGAAAGGAGUGGCUGCUCCGGGCUGCACGGCAGGGACUGCCCCCGGGCCGGCACAGCAGCGCCCAGCUCAUUGCAGCCAUUAACUGAUUAACCUGCUGCUCUGGCAGCCCGGGCCGCCUGCAUCUAAUCAGAUGGAGGCCGGGUUUGCCAAAGGGCCGUUUCACCAGAGUCUUUAUGCCAACCCCUCGGCGAUGGUCUUUUGUAGCAGGAAUGGCCGCUGAGGUGCCUGAAUGCGCCUGAUGGAAAUGGGAGACAGGAGGGGGCACAGGUGGUCGUGGCUGGAGAAUCGGGAUGAGCACGUGUGGGAGAGCCUCGAGCCUUGCUUUGCAGGAGGGGCAGUGGAAGUGGGGAAUGUAGUUCCCUGCAGCAGGAAUACGGCAUGCACUGCACCCCGGCUGCUGUUCCUCUUCUCCAUGGGGGGUUCUUGGUGGGAGGGCAGUGCCUGAGCAGAAGGGAGUUGCUCCACCUCUUGCUGCUGCAUCAGGAGCCAAGAUCAUCCCAAGGGAUGCAUGUCAUCCUUCACAAUGAGCAGCUUAAAGCCAAUGUGCUGCUGGCCUUGCUUUAGCAGGCUCCCAUCCUGCACUCGCAGCAUUAAGAUAGCAGCUGAGCCACGCGGUCAGGAUCCAGGGUUAGGUGGGGAUGCUCUGGGUCUUCCAGCUUCCCUAUCUCCUUCCUCCCUUGGCGUGGUGGAGACGAGGAAACUCUUUCUUUGAAGUUUAUCUAUGAUAAUUGGCUUGAUGAUGGGCUCAGCCUGCUUUCCCUGGCUGUGUCCAUGCAGGGACCCGUGCCCAUGCCCCACUGGCUGUGUCCUCCCUGCUGCUCCCUGCUCAUCCCGUGCCAGACAGGGAGGAGCAGCCCUGGAGGCAAGGGCUGCGGCUGGUGGGUGGUGGUUUCCCUGCGUGUCUGGCAGGAUGUGGGUGACACAGAGGAUGUGACUCGCUCUCCAAUAUUCCCCGAGGAGCAGGAAUGCCAUGACCCGGGUUAGAGGGGACACCGCUCCCAUCCCAUUCCUGCCUGUGCCUUGGCUGGAGGGACCAGUAGCAUGGCCCCACAUCCGUCUGGGCCGCACAAGGUGGGGUUCCUGCAAGGGGAGUGGGUACAGGCAUCCUGGAGGAUCCUUCCGUAGACUCACAUGCAAUGAGGAAAAUGGUUCGGCUGCCUUUGGUGACACUGAGCACGAGCGAUGUGCUGUCUUUCCAGAUCACAGUGAGCUGAGUGCCCGUGCGUUAAGUACUGUUGGCUUUGGAAAAUGCCAUGUUGGAAAGGAGAGGUGCAUAGGUGUCAUCUUCAGCAGGGGGCUGCUGCAUGGGGGGGAUUCCCGUCGCCCUCCCUCCUCUCCGGAGGACUGCAGGCUGCACCGCUUUUCCCAGUGGCCUCUAUGUAGCUCAGCGAGAAGGUGGUGAUCUCCUAGAAAAGAGGAUCUCGAGAGACUGGGAAGAGGAGAAAUGCUGACCGUUACGUCGGUAAUGCUCGAGGUCAACGAGAGAAUGUGACACAGAGCAACCCCUCUCUGUUCGGUCACUUUGAGUGGUUCAGCAAAGAGAAGUAUCGCUGCCCAAGGGCAGUGACCCGUGAGUGUUCCAGGUUCUUGAGAUCCACUCUUCUAGGAGGUCACCGUAUUCCCGCUGAGCGAUACAGAGAGGCCAUCAGGGAAAGCAGUGCUGUAUGGACGACCCAACAUGCAGAAUCCACCCAUCCCAGAUGCACGUUCCCAACACAGCCCAGAGCUACAGAGGUGGGUGAAAGGCUCCCUGCAGAUACAAGGCUGGGGUCUUUGAUGAGGAGGUGGAAAUCAGGGCUCUGGGGCUAGGACUGGGCUAUGCGUUAGCCCUGUUACCUUCGUAUUGAGUCAGUGAUGGGGAUUUGGCUGAAUCACGCUUUCUGGAAAGUCUUCUUUCUGGAGGAUCCCCCGCUUUUUGCAGUGUCUCCAAGUGGUUACACAACCCUGCUUUAAAAUAAAUCCUGUUACAUUUCUGAAGUGCCUGGCAGCCACAUCCGCCUUUGGGUCCCGCUUUCCUUCUGCUGGGUGAGAGCUGUUCCACCCCCAGCAGCAGCCUGCAGGCGCUCCUUCCCUGCCCACCCGGGUGAGCAGCGGGCAGAGCACCGAGGGCUGCACCCAUGCUGGGCCCAUGCUGCUCUCAUCUCAGCGCUGGCGGUGUCUGGGCCAGAUAGGGCAGCCCCGGCUAAUCUACCUAACGAAGUUAGCAUUUUCACCAGUCCGUUUGCAUUACAAGGGAUCUUUCUGAAUAGCAGAAAUGACCAAGCUUUUUCCAUUUGCUCUGUAAGCCGCCUUUCUCACACCUCAAAGCAUAAGUAAACAGGAAACUUCCUUGCUGCUGUUUAUCCAUCUGAGACACGUAUCAGCUCUGGUUGCAACCAAAUGUCCUGGGAGCUUCAGCAAUUCGCAGUGCUGUUGGGUCUGUGAUUUCCAGAAGAAAUUCCUCUCUUUGAAGUGUUCCUUGCAUUCCUUCUCCUGAAUCUGACCUUUCAGUUCGGCUGUAUGUUAAUCCCAUUUUGUUCAAACAAGCCUGGAAUCCAUAGCCUCAUCCUCAUGGACACUCACUGCUCUACCAGAUGUUGGCAUUAUCAGCGCUGCUUUUGAUUUUACGUCCUUGCUGAGAACACAGAGUAGUACUGACCCUUCACUGCAGAGAACUGUUAGCAACUCCUUCACUUAGCAUUGCCCCGUCUGCCCCUUAUGCUUGUACACCAAUUGCAGUACGCGGCAAUGUGGUUGGCUGGACGUCUUUCCACGCAUUGACCAGCACUGCACAACGAUUGAAGCUGGAGGACCUUGAAGUUCAAAUGGCUGAGGGCAAAAAACCCCCACAGGCUGUCACGCUGAGCAGCGCGUGGUUGCUUGGGGUAACCCUGGAGAGCCCUCCGUGAGGCUCUGACCCUUCGGUCUCUUGGAAUUUCCUCUGUGUUUCCAGGCUUAUCAAAAACGAGUAUCAGCUGGUGAGGGACUUUAUGGGACAGAUCUCUGGGAACGCUCGGACCUGUUGAUUUUUAACAUGCUUCACAUCCUUUCCAUUCACCAGUAUAUGGGAAAGUUCAGCAGCAUCUCAGUGUGAUGCAAAGGGGAUACUUUCCAGGAAUGUUUAUUAAAAACUUGUGCGUGCCUCCAUUGUUAUUCACAAUGCUGCCGUCCCCAGCUAGUAAUAGGAUGCUGCUACCAGCACAUGUCUUUUUCCCCAGUGAUUUUGAAAAACAGUGAAGCAUGAACUCGACUGGCUUUACCAUUUCCCAGCCUACUAACUUUUGAGGGCUGUUUCCCCUUUUUCUGCUUUCACUAUUGCUUCGGAAGGGCUGAAGGUGUAUCCCUCCACUUGUGUUCUCAGUGGUGUUCGAGGCAAGGACACUCAGGACGAGCAAAAGCCAGGAACGUGUCUCAUGUGAAGAGUUUGAAACACUCGAGGAUUCUUUAUUAGUGGCAUGACAAAUAGGGGGAGACGUGGCAAAAGAGCAGAAAGUAAUGGAUGAGACAGAGAAGGUGGAUUGGAAUUCUGUGUUCCUCCACCUCCGACCGAGAGAAGGAGGGAUUUUUUUGCUUCGUAUGAAUGAGGGUGAUUAAAAAGUGUGCUUUCCCAUCUAAUGUGGGACUAGAAGGUACAGCUCCAAAUGGCAGGGAAUUUGUGAAGUCAAGGAUGUUGCGUGAUGCAGAAAGGUAUAGGAUGUAUGGGACCCGCCUCUCUGUGUAUUAGUCGGCAGAAGGGAGAGGUCACCCAAAGCAGUGUCCAACUAGAGAGAAGGGCAGGGGCAGCUCUUGCUCAGCUGGGAGUACUUAGCUGGUCAGCGAGAACGUGGUGGGGACUGGAGAGCACCUGCCAUGAAGCUGGGAAGGAUGCAUGCUGGCUCCCUCCUCCUCUGCGCAUCUCAUACCCAUAGCAAAGGGUUUUGCUCUCCCCAGUUGCGCUGUGCUGGCUGCUGCCAUCUCUCUGUUCCCAUCUCUCAUUGACCAUGGUCUCCAGAGCCACCAAGCCCUGCUCCUGCUGCUCAGCCCUAACCUAGGGACUGGCCCUGUGACUUCAUCUCAAGCUGACACCAGAAACACCCCAGGGUUCCUUUGCUCCCUCCCAUAUGGAUCUAGGGUGUCACAAACUCCCCCUCCCCAUUAAUCUUGUAUCCAUUAGCUAGGUCGCUCCAUAUCUAUCCUAUCACUUAUUCAUGAUCAUCCAGAUCAAUCUGUUGAGAAGUGCAUUUAUUGAAACCCGAGCCUGGCUUUCUCUGGAUUGCAUGGGCCCUUAAGCCCCAUUGCUGCUGCUUGGCGUACCACCAUGAAGCCCAUUGAGGCCAGGAAGAGAGCUGGCUUAGCACAGUGCAGCUUCCAAGCCUGGGAGCGUAUGGAUUCACCGUCUUCAAGACAGAGGGUGCCAGGGUAUGGCUGCGGGAGCAGGACCAGCUGCAGCCAUGCACUGUUGGCCCGUGUGCCGAUGGAAACGUGCGCUUCACCUCCGAUUACGGCACCGUGUUCCAGUACCCCAAGGCCUCCCUUUCCAUAGAAAAAGUCUUGCCCAUGCACCAGAGCAGCAUCAAUGGGGUAGAGGACAUGUCCAUGCUGGGAGACCUGCACGAAGCUGCCAUCCUACUCAACCUGCACCAGCGCUACCAGCAGGGUAACAUCUACACCAACAUUGGCUCCAUCCUGGCGUCGGUGAACCCCUACAAGCCCAUCCCUGGUCUGUACAGCAUGGAUGCCAUAGAGCUGUACAGGCAGCACCGCCUGGGUGAGCUGCCUCCCCAUAUCUUCGCCACCGCUAACGAGUGCUACUGCUGCUUGUGGAAGCGUCACGACAGCCAGUGUGUUCUGAUAAGCGGAGAAAGCGGAGCUGGAAAGACUGAGAGCACCAAGCUGCUGCUGAAGUUCUUGUCCGCCAUGAGCCAGACCUCCCUUGGGGCCCCGGCCUCCGAGAAGAGCACACACGUGGAGGAAGCCAUCCUGGAGAGCAGCCCAAUUCUGGAGGCCUUUGGAAACGCCAAGACGGUUUAUAACAACAACUCUAGCCGCUUUGGCAAGUUCAUCCAGCUGCACUUCUCUCAGCAUGGGCACAUCCAGGGCGGACGAGUCACUGACUAUUUACUGGAAAAGAACAGAGUGGUACACCAGAACCCUGGAGAGAGGAAUUACCACAUCUUCUAUGCUCUGCUGGCUGGUGUGAGCGGGGAGCUGAAAGAGAGCCUCUCCCUCGCUGAGCCGGAGACUUACCGGUACUUGAGCCAGUCCGGCUGUGUGAGCGAUGAGAACCUGAAUGAUGGAGAAAUGUUCACUAAGGUCAUGACUGCCAUGAAGGUGGUGGACUUCAGCAGUGAAGAGAUCCGAGACAUCUUCAAACUUCUUUCUGGCACUCUUCACCUGGGAAACGUUGAGUUCAUGACAGCUGGUGGAGCCCAGGUUACAACCAAAGCAGUGCUGAACAUUGCCAGCGACCUCCUGGGCUUAGAUGCCUUCCAGCUUUCCGAAGUCCUGACUCAGAGAUCCAUGAUUCUGCGUGGGGAAGAGAUCAGCUCCCCCCUCACUGUGGAGCAGGCAGCAGACUCCCGGGACUCCCUCUCCAUGGCGCUGUAUUCCCAGUGCUUCUCGUGGCUCAUUAGCAAGAUUAAUACGAAGAUCAAAGGCAAGGAAAACUUUAAGUCUGUGGGCAUCCUGGAUAUCUUUGGCUUCGAGAACUUCCAGGUGAAUCGUUUUGAGCAGUUUAACAUUAACUAUGCAAAUGAGAAGCUCCAGGAAUAUUUCAACAAGCAUAUCUUCUCCUUGGAGCAGCUGGAGUACAACAGGGAAGGGAUAAAUUGGGAAGCUAUUGACUGGAUGGAUAAUGCGGAGUGCCUGGACCUUAUUGAGAAGAAACUGGGUCUACUGGCUUUGGUGAAUGAAGAGAGUCGAUUCCCCAAAGGCACAGACAACACCCUUCUGGAAAAACUUCACAGCCAGCAUAUGAGCAAUCCUUACUAUGUGAAGCCUCGAGUGACAGAUCAUCAGUUUGGCAUAAGGCAUUAUGCUGGUGAGGUGCUUUAUGAUGUAAGAGGCUUUCUGGAGAAGAACAGAGACACCUUUCGAGAUGACAUUUUAAACAUGCUGAAAGACAGCAGGCUGGACUUCAUCUAUGACCUUUUUGAAAGAGUCUGCAGCCGUUGCAAUGAAGAGACGCUGAAGAUGGGCACCCAGAGGCGCAGACCGACUGUCAGCUCCCAGUUCAGGGAUUCUCUCCAUUCCCUGAUGGCAACGCUUAGCACUUCCAACCCGUUCUUCAUCCGCUGCAUCAAACCAAACACAGAAAAGGCACCGAACCUCUUCAAUCCAGAUGUGGUUCUCAAUCAGCUCCGGUACUCAGGGAUGCUGGAGACGGUGAAAGUCCGGCGAGCAGGUUUCCCCAUCCGGCGCCUUUUCCAGGACUUUCUCAGCAGGUACAAGAUGCUUGUGAAGGUACCAAGUUUCUCUGACAACAGCAAGGCUAUAUGUGCAGGCUUUCUUCAGGCCUAUGACAGCAGCAAGAAAGAAUGGCAGUUGGGUAAAACCAAGGUUUUCCUGAAGGAAGCUCUCGAGCAGAAGCUGGAGAAGGAUCGGGAAGAGGAGUUGAGGAAAGCUGCUGUAGUCAUCCGGGCCCACGUCUUGGGCUACAUGGCAAGGAAGAAGUACCGAAAGGUGCUAGCCAGUGUUGUUACAAUCCAAAAGAACUACCGAGCGUACUUCUGGAAGAAGAGCCUGCUGCGGCUGAAGGCCUCUGCCAUCGUCCUGCAGAAGCACUGGCGUGGCCACCUGGCUCGCAGCCUCUACCGACGCCUGCGGCAGCAGGAGCUCCGGCGGCAGCAGGAAGCAGAGGAGAGGAGGAGGCGAGAGAAGGAAGAACAGAUCAGAAGAGAGGAAGAGGAAAGACAAUGGCAAGAAGAGAAAGAGCGUAGGAGGAAGCGGGAGGAGGAAGAGGUGAAGGAAAGAGAGAAGGAACAGCUGAAUGCUCUGCUCCAGGUGGCUCCGGUGCAAACGGUAAAGACCGAGGAAGUAGAUAUUCCACUGCAAGAAGAAGAGAGGCGUCAGAUGGAGGAGAUCUUAAGGCUGGAGAAGGAGAUCGAGAAGUUGCAGCAACAGAAAGAGGAUCACAUGUCUAUCAUCUGUGAAAACACCAGGAAUGAAAUCAACCGGCAGCGGGAGGAAGAGAUCCAGAGGCUGGAAAAGGAGGCAUCGAGGGUUGCCCAGGAGUUCCUGGAGCUGCUAGAUUUUGGCAAUCUGGAUGAAAGCGUGCAGAACUUGGAGCGCUCACUGUCCAGUGAGGGGACGCUCAACAUUGACUGCAGCCUCGUUGCCCCGCUGGCUGAAGAUGAGGUGGAUGAGGGUUUUCAUGCUGAUGAUGAAGUACGGCCGACUUCCAAUUUGGUGGCUGUCACUCAGCAGGGCACGAGGAACAGAGAUAACUGCCUGGAGGGAGAUGUGGGUGCAAGACUUUCACAUCUCCGAAGUGAAGAGGGAGAGGCUUCCCCUGCUCCAGCACGGAGCAGCACGGAAAGAACCAGUAGCCCCAGGGAGCGGAGUGCCCUCUCUGACCCAGCAGAAAGCAGUUACAGCACUGUCUCAGAUACGCUGAGGAGUAACAGUGGAGAGGUGGGAGAGCCAAUUUACAAUUCCCCUCAAGAUGUGGAGUCUGACUAUGACCACGAUGAGUUGGAUGGCUGUGGGGAUGCAGGCAGUGCCUCAGCUGAGGCUCUGAAUGGUGAGGAAAGUCUGAGGCACUCCCACGGCACCAGCCUGGACUCCAACCGGGGCAGCCUGGACUCAUUUUUGGACAGUGAAGAGGAAGUGGAUGUUUAUAUAGAUACAGAUGAAGAGUUUUGUAAUGGACGUGUCACCAUCUUCAAUGGCUCAGGACCACCCUAUUUUCACAGCUAUCUCUACAUGAAGGGAGGUCUCAUGAACCCAUGGAGACGGCGCUGGUGUGUUCUGAAGAACGAGGCCUUCAUGUGGUUCCGCACCAAGCAGGAGGCCCUGAAGUCGGGCUGGCUCUAUAAGAAGGGGGGAGGCAUGUCGACACUUUCACGACGCAACUGGAAACGCCGCUGGUUUGUGCUUCGGGAAUCCAAGCUGAUGUACUUUGAGAACGAUAGCGAGGAGAAGCUGAAGGGGACAAUUGAUAUCAGAAAGGCAAAGGAGAUUGUGGACAUUCAUGAAAAAGAGAAUGCUUUGGACAUCGUGACGGAAGACAGAGUUUAUCACAUCGUGGCAGAGUCACCCGAAGAUGCCAGCGGUUGGUUUAAUGUCCUGAGCCGAGUACACAGCGCUACGGCGCAGCAGCUGAGGGAAAUGCAAGAUGAACAGGCCAACCCAAAGAAUGCUGUGGGAACCCUGGAUGUUGGCCUUAUUGACUCCGUCUGUGCCUCAGACAACCCUGACAGACCAAACUCUUUUGUGAUCAUCACAGCAAAUCGAGUGAUUCACUGCAACAGUGACACCCCUGAGGAGAUGCAUCACUGGAUCUCCCUGCUGCAGAAACCAAAAGGCGAAUCUAAGGUGGAUGGCCAGGAAUUCCUUGUGAGAGGCUGGCUUCAUAAAGAGGUUCAGAGCAGCAACAAGGUGUCCUCCCUGAAGAUGAAGAAACGCUGGUUUGUGCUGACAAACACUGCCCUUGAUUACUACAAGUCAUCUGAGCGCACAGCUGCCAAGCUUGGCACGCUUGUGCUCAAUAGCCUCUGCUCUGUAGUGCAGCCUGACGAGAGGGUCUUUAAAGACACAGGCUAUUGGAACAUCAUUGUUCAUGGGCGAAAGCACUCGUACAGACUGUACACGAAGCUGCUGAAUGAAGCUAUGCGCUGGGCCUCUGCCAUUCAAGGUGUCAUUGACAGCAAAGUUCCCAUAGAAACACCUACACAACAACUCAUUCGUGACAUUAGGGAAAACAGCACUAACCUUGAAGUGGUGGAGCAGACAUACAGGAGGAACCCAAUCUUGCGGUACACUCAGCACCCUUUGCACUCCCCUCUGCUCCCGCUGCCAUACGGAGACGUUAGUGUCACCUUGCAACAAGAAAAGGGUUACAGCAGCUUACAGGAUGAAGCAGUGAAGAUCUUUAACUCUCUUCAGGAGAUUGAGACGGUGUCUGACCCCAUACCAAUUAUCCAAGGCAUUCUUCAGACCUGCCAUGAUCUGAAGCCCCUUCGUGAUGAAGUGUAUUGUCAGCUCAUCAAGCAAACGAAUCACAUGCCACAUCCCAACAGCACUGGGAACCUGCACCACUGGCAGCUGAUGGCAUGUAUGAGCUGCACUUUUCUGCCCAGCAGAGGGAUCCUUCGCUACCUCAAGUUCCACCUGAGAAGGGUAAAAGACCUUUUUCCAGGCUCAGAAAUAGACAGAUAUGCACAAUUCAUCAAUGAUUCCCUGAAGAGAACAAAGACAAGGGAGUUUGUGCCCUCCCAGGAGGAAAUACAGGCUCUUCUCACCCGUGAAGAAAUGACCACAACGGUGUACUGCCAUGGUGGGGGCUCCUGUAAAAUCACCAUCAAUUCUCAUACAAGUGCUGGGGAGGUGGUUGAAAAGCUGAUCCGAGGUUUAGCAAUGGAGGACAGCCGUAAUAUGUUCGCUCUCUUUGAACAUAAUCAGCAGGUGGACCGUGCUGUUGAGAGUCGAGUGAUUGUAGCUGACAUUUUGGCCAAGUUUGAGAGACUUGCUGGCUCUGAGGAAGAAGAGGAGGAAGGACAGUGGCAGCUAUAUUUUAAACUGUAUUGCUUCUUGGAUAUAGAGAAUGUUCCCAGAGACGGAGUGGAAUUUGCUUUCAUGUUUGAGCAGGCUCACGAAAGCCUCAUAGAUGGUCAUUUUCCUGCACCAGAGGACACACUGCAGCGCCUGGCAGCACUCCGGCUGCAGUACCUUCAUGGUGAUUAUUCUAAAAUAAGUUGGAGUCUGGAUGGAAUCUACCCAGUUAACAGACUGAAAUCCAAAAUACUGCACUCCACAAAGAGCAGUGGCACCAGCAGUCACACUCUGGAGAGGAGACGGACCAGCUUCCUUGAAGGGACCUUGAAACGUGGCUUCAAAACAGGCUCUGUAAAGAAGCAGAAGGUAGAAGAAGAGCAGAUGAUGGAGAUGUGGGUGAAGGAAGAGCUGUCAGCCGCUCGUGCGAGCAUAGCCCAGAAAUGGACCAAGCUGCAGGGACUCUCUCAGCAUCAGGCCAUGGUGAAAUACAUGUCCAUUGUAAAGGAGUGGCCAGGUUAUGGGUCAACCCUCUUUGACGUUGAGUGUAAGGAGGGAGGCUUCCCAAACGAUCUUUGGCUGGGAGUCAGCACAGAGAAUGUGUCUGUCUACAAACGUGGAGAUCCGAAACCGCUGGAGACUUUCCAGUACGAGCACAUUGUUUUCUUUGGAGCACCGCAGCCCAACACCUUCAAAAUUACAGUGGAUGAGAGAGAAAUGUUCUUUGAAACAUCCCAGGUGGGUGAGAUAAUAAAGAUCAUGAAAGCGUACAUCAACAUGAUAGUGAAGAAACGCUGCAGUGUCAAAUCAGCCACCAGUGUGGACAGUCGUGCCAGCAUCUGGACUAGGUGAUAAGAAUGGACUGCCAGGAGAGAGAGGCAGAUGUUUGAUAACUGGUAUUUGCAACUUGCCAGCACAAGUGUAGCAAAGAUGUUUUCAAGAACUCCACUUGAGUGACUACUGUAUUAAUGAACUGAAGUGGCAUCUGCAGUACCUGGGAUUUGCACCUCUGCCCAAAGACAUUAAACAGUAACAACUUGUUAAAUAUUAACAGCCCCAACCUUGUUUUCUCUAGCUUGUCUGAUGAACAACGUACCUUUAAAGAAGCAAAGACAGAAGCAUCUUCCUUCUGCCUGUCCUCUCUGCUGCUUUCACAACUACCUGUCAUACGGGCAGAAACAAAACCACAGCAAUCUGGACUACAGGAGGCAGGCUUCAGCUUCCUUAAGAAUAUUUGAUAUGCAAGUGUGUGGGAUCAGGGGGCCAUUGCAUGGGCUGCAAGGAGAAUAUUUGGUUUUUAUUUAUUUUGUAGGCAACUCUCAAAUAAGUCACUCGGGUUUUCUCUUCAGGAUCUACUAAUGAUCUGAUCUAGUUGUAAAAAAACAAAAAAGCCUUUUGGCAACUGAAGCCAGACCAUCCAGCUAAGAGCUCAAAUACUGUGGGAAAAGGCCAUUAAACAAACAACUAAAAACAUGUAAGGUGAUUUGUUACCUUCCGGUGUAUGUUCACAGGUACAUAGAUGUAAAAAAUGGCACUUUAAGUAAAAAUUCUGAAUGCUCCAUUGUAGAAGGAAAUGCUGAGGACAAGCACUGCUGAAAUACCUUGUCAGCUGCCAUUCUGGGUGCAUCCCACAUGGCACCUGCUGCCUAAAAAUUAAAUCCAGCCUUUUCCCUGGUACAGCUCAGAAGGUGAGAUGGAUUGAAUGGUAUUUCCAGCAAAUCUGUUCUUCACAAGCUUGGGGUUUUGGGUAGAAGUUGGAGAUUGUAGUGCCUGCAUUAAGUCCCUUAUUUCUCUAGAUGGGAUUUCAGGCUGACUGAGAUCCCAAAAUUUAGUGUUAGACCAACUGUUUCCUACUGAGUGAAUAGAUGCCUAGAUAACCUCUUAUAGGCAAGGAUUUAAUUACUCUAUACUAGUGUAAGCAGAUGCCAAGUCCUUCAUUCUCUGCUGAGUUCUAACUUGAACUGCUCCCAUCUCUAAGUUCCCAUCCUCUCUAGGUCCCUACUCAGCAGCAAGACUUGAAAACAAUGUUUAGCUGAAAGAUUAGCUGAAAGAACUGCUGCUUAGAGGGUUUAAUUGCUACUUGCAAUUGGAAGAAGCAAAAAUUCUUUCCUCCUCAGUGAAAGAUGAAAGCAGGAGACAGAAAACAGCCUUCAAUUUCCUAGUGGAGCUGGAAGGUAGUGUGUGAUAUGGGCCUUAGAAUCACAGAACCAUUCAGGUUUCAGGUUUGUUUUAAAAUCAGAUGUUCCUAUUUCUGAGAGGGGGGAAAAAAGGGGGGAGGGGGGGCAUUUUAAGGCCAUCUACUUUCACAGAACAGAAAAGGAGGAGGAGUCAGCAUGCACCACCAGCUUUGGUUCCAACUCACCUUGGGCUUCCACCAUUUCACUCCAAGUCCCACAGAAUGGUGCAGUUCUGGGCCCGAUGCUGUACGAAGACAAACCACAGUGCAUAAUCCUGCUUCUCUCUCCUCCCAAGCCCACUGCAGCAUGUGCACACACACCGCCCACUUGCCAGCCUACAAGGACGGCCACCACUGCGUAUUGCACUUCCAACGAGAGUUUUGCCUUAAACAGCUUUACUGAAGGACCUUAUGGACAUCCCCUUUGUAUCACGAGGAGCAGACAGACAGGUGGGUCACAGUGAGUGCACGGGCAGGGGCUCUGCACGGUGACUACAUGGCUAUCCAAACAGCCCUGGUUAUCCCUGUCCUAGCUCUGCACUGUUCUGUGUUCUGGCCCUGGGGUUGCUGCAGGCAGCUUGAACCCACUUGGGAAUGUAACUCCCAUUAGUAUUUGUUGGAAUUUUGCUCAUUUCUAUUACGGAAUUCCUUCUGCUGUCUUUUUUUUUUUUUUUUUCAUUUGUAACUGGCUUUACAAGAUGAAAGUUUAAUAAAUUAUUGGAUUGCA